AUGGGGAAUGAAUCGUUUCUAUCAAGUAUUUUUUCACGUCAACGAAUCGUCACUGCAGCUGGUAUUGCUGCUGCUGCAUUUGUUGGUUACUGCAUUUAUUUCGACCAUAAAAGACGUUCGGCACCUGAUUACAAGCAGAAAAUACGUGAACAACGCCGCGCUACGGAAAAGAAGAAGCAACCGACAAUUUUCCCGAAUCCACAUAAUGCCACUGAAAUGCAAGCGUUUUUCCUGCAAGAAGUGCAAUUAGGCGAAGAACUUGUAGCAGAUGGACACACUGAAGAGGGUAUUGAACAUCUCUGUAAUGCAAUCACUCUCUGUGGUCAGCCGGCACAACUGAUACAAAUUUUCCAACAAACAUUGCCAAGCGAACAUUUUGAUCUUUUGAUCCAGAAGUUGCCGGAAACUAAAACUCGUCUUAUGCGGAUGUUCGGUGAUCGUGUGGGGCAAGUUGAACGUUCACAUGCUGGAGCGGAAGAUGGUGAAGGCCCACUAGCUGUUGCAGCACCGAAUACUAUUGAAAUCAGUGAUGAUCUCGAACUUGAAUAG